UAUCUGUUUAGUAGUUCGUUUUAAUACAUCCAAAUUUAUAGUGACGUGGUUUACGUUUUGAUCAGGGAGGGAGAUGGGAGAUUCGAACUAGGUUCGAUCACUGUUUGCCUAUACCCCCCUCCUUCUUCAACUUCCCGCACCCGUUUCUCCACCUGCCCUCCAUCAUCAAACACUGAACAAAGAGAGUCUCCUCCGCUCUGCUUUCCCAGCUGUUGUGUUGUUAGGGUUUGGGCUGUGAGAAGAGAGGGACGUUUCUGUCCCGCCCCCACAAAUACACCAGACACUCCUAACAGGCGGCAGACGAGCAGGCUCUCCAUUCACUGCAGUGUGGCUGUGCUGUCUGAAGGAGAACUGCGUCUGUUCUUGGAAUAACGUUUGGGCUUCACGUAGGAUAUACUAGAGAAGCAAACUGGGAACGUGGGGACUGCAGCAACUAUCUACUUGAACAAGCCCUUAUCAUCAGAGUCAGCUCCUAGACAGUGGCGUGGUUGUCACUGGGACUCACAGGAUCCAAGUCAUCCACUAACUUCGAUCAUCCUUGCAGUCAACUUGUUACAUGGUACAAUGGUUCUGUGUGAGGAUGGCGAGUGCAGCGUCUGCCUCCUACCCUACUCGCGGAUGGACAGGAUCCCCCGGGUGCUCCACUGCAGACACACCUUCUGCGAGCCCUGCCUGGAGACGAUUUCUCAGGCCAGGGGCGGGCUGCUCACCGUGGGCUGCCCUUUGUGUCGCCGGGUGACCUGCAUAGGACACGGCCUCAGCCUGCAGGAAGCCCUGUGGGUCAACAGCAGUCUGUGGGAGCAGAUACAAGAGGACGUGGGCACAGAGGCCGAGGAAGAGGAAGAUGGACUGAAACAAGAAGCUGAGGAGGAAGGGAUGGAGUCUAAACAACAUCCCUCGUUGCAAGCAGAAUGCGCCUCCCCCAGCUCUGCCAGAACAAAGCUCAAACUGCCUGCGUUCUUCAGAAAGUUUAGUUUGACAAAGCAACACCCAGAGAGGAUUGUGCCUGGCAGUAAUGUGGAAAUGAAAUCCUGGCGCAGGCUUCCAACUGAAGAGAGUGUUUAAAAGCCGGAUCAACGAUGAUGUGACAGUUCCUCUCAGGAUAUUAUUUGCGGAUGGCAGGCGCCACUAGAAGACUCGACUCAACCUUGUCAGUGGAGGGAAAGUUGAGGCCGUUAGGGCUCGAGAAUCCAUUAGUGUUCCUGUCAAAACAUUGUUUUGUCCUCAGCCAAAGGUGCCCUGUCUCCCCAUUAUUGAUUCUCCCAGCUGGUGCUGUGGGAUUUGCUUCAGCUGUCCCAGUGGGACUCACACCCCGAGACCCCCUCCUAACAGAUGGGCUCCUGAGGACGGCCCCUUUUGCAUAGCCACUGCUGACCAUUGAAUAUAACUUAUUGUUUUGUUUUUUUUUUAAUUUAUGAUAGCUAGUUGAGAAAGUAUUUAAUAAAACUAUUUUUGAAAGGAA